ACGUCAGCUCGCCAUCGCCCUGAGUCCGCUGCUGGCCGGAGUUCCUGUGUAAUCCCCCCGCUUCCGGCAGCUCCAGUGAUGGCGGAUGAAAGUGGAGUCGUACAGCACAGUCCCCCGGAACUGGAUGAAGAUGAGGAGGCUGCGGGCACUGACAGUGACACAGAGGGAGAGGACAUCUUUACCGGGGCGAGCAAAGAAGUGAUUGCUCCACUGCCCCAGAAGGAGGUUGUCCACGAAACGGCAAGAGAAAAUGGACUCUUCCUGGAUGAUGAUGAUGACCAGGAUUUGUUUGCAGAAUCCAUGGUCAAGCUUUCAGUCGACAGUUCACGCAGCAAUCAGAAAGAGGAGGCUCCUCUUAGUACUCCUGCUCUUAUUGCAGCCGCUUCCGCUACCUCCAAGCAGAAAAGUUAUGAAGAGUUAGAAGAAGAAGAGCAGGAGGAUCACUUUGAACUGAAUAUUGGAAUCACUCACCCAGAGAAGAUUGGUGACGGUAUGAAUGCAUAUGUAGCUUAUCAAGUAUCCACUCAGACCAAUUUGCCAAUGUUCAGAAGCAAGCAUUUCACUGUGAAGAGACGGUUCAGUGACUUCCUGGGCCUUUUUGAGAAGCUUUCAGAGAAGCAUGCCCAUCAAGGCAUCAUAAUCGCUCCCCCACCUGAGAAAAGCCUCAUAGGUAUGACCAAAGUAAAGGUGGGAAAAGAGGAUUCUUCUUCAGCUGAUUUCUUGGAGAGAAGGCGAGCUGCUUUGGAGAGAUACCUUCAAAGAAUAGUUAGCCACCCGACUCUUUUACAAGACCCAGAUGUUCGUGAAUUUCUGGAGAAGGAAGAGCUUCCUCGUGCUGUCAGCACUCAGGCUCUGAGUGGAGCUGGUCUCCUCAAGAUGUUCAAUAGAGCCACUGAUGCUGUCAACAAAAUGACCAUCAAGAUGAAUGAAUCCGAUGUAUGGUUUGAAGACAAGUUACAAGAGGUGGAAUGUGAAGAACAACAUCUUCGUAAACUUCACGCUGUGGUGGAGACGCUAGUAAACCACAGGAAAGAACUCGCUGUGAAUACUGCCCAAUUUGCCAAAAGCCUGGCUAUGCUAGGGAGCUCAGAGGAUAACACCGCACUUUCCCGGGCACUGUCCCAGCUAGCUGAAGUAGAAGAGAAGAUAGAGCAACUACACCAGGAACAGGCUAACAGUGAUUUCUACCUUCUGGCUGAGCUUUUGGCCGACUAUAUCCGUAUCCUGUCUGCAGUUAGGGGUGCGUUUGACCAGCGCAUGAAGACCUGGCAGCGCUGGCAGGAUGCCCAGUCAACACUACAGAAAAAGAGGGAGACUGAAGCACGUCUGUUGUGGGCCAACAAGCCGGACAAAUUACAGCAGGGCAAAGGAGAAAUCUCUGAAUGGGAGUCCAGGGUCACACAGUACGAGAGGGAUUUUGAAAGGAUUUCUGUGACUGUUCGAAAGGAAGUCACAAGAUUUGAGAAAGAGAAAUCCAAGGAUUUUAAAAGUCACAUAGUGAAAUACUUGGAAACACUCUUGAAUUCACAGCACAAACUCGCCAAGUACUGGGAGGCAUUUCUACCAGAAGCAAAGGUUAUAUCCUAACUGCCGUGGAACAGAAUUACAGCCCGAACUAUGCUACGUUUCCUUUGCCAUUUUUAAAAAUUAUAUAAUUACCUCUUGCCUUUUAGAGACCCUAGAAUCACAAUCUCAAUUUGCUUCUACAUCUACUGGAUGCCAUCAGCUAAUUCCAUCUGUGCUGAGUCAGGUCUGUUACGCAUUGCUGUGCAGAGCGUUGAUGGACCUUUACUUUACCAGCCUAGUGCCUCAUGUACGGACACGUAUUCAGCAUUUCCUCUCGCUGCCUCGUCAGCCAGAAGACAUUCGCUAUUACUGCAGACUGGUCUGACAGGCACGAGUUAUCCUAGAUGAGGACAGUUACAUCCCAGCACUUAAGGACACGCCUUCAUCUGUUAACAUUUCUUGUGUAUAUUUUUCAUUUAACUUCCACAUAUAUUUUCUUAUUAACUAUACAAAUUCAUAAUUUAGGGCUU